AAAUAUUAACGCAUUCGCUGGGAUUCUUAGAAAUUGUGAAUGAAGACUUCUACACUGUGUUUUCAUUGAACUUUCUACUACCACAAUAUUUAUCUAUCGCGUGUUAUUUCUACCGGGACUCGGCAGGAAAUUGAAACCCGUAUCAUAAUAAUGAUGAGUUUAUUCCUUCGCCUCACCCUACUUCUACUCGCAUUGAAUGUAUUAUUAUCAUGCGAGGCAUAUAGCACCUACGGCGGCUCCGAAAAAUAUGUUGGAGGUAAACCAGUAAAGAACCCCAUGUUCGCGCAGGGCACGACUACCGGCGUCCCUGGACAGGCCGCGCGCCGUGCUGGCCUUGGCGUAUCCGCCUGGGGCAUCAUUGUAAUUAUUUUAGGUGUGAUACUCGGAGGAAUGGGCUUCUAUUACUUUUCUUUGUGCUACCCUAUUUUGUGCAAAAAAGAGCGGAAAUAUGACAUGAUUCACAUAGAUACUGCAUAAUUUGAAUGUAUUUUAAAUGGAAUAUCAAUUCAUAUCAUCAUCAGCAUUGAUUGACACAAAAUUAAAAUUUUUACCUAGAAGAU